UUGGAUUUUCCACUUCAAUUUUCUGAUUCUUUCACCGAUGGAUCAAUUCAAAGGUCAACCUCGGCUCCCGAAAUUUGCCGUUCCGAAACGAUACGAUAUCUACCUCAAACCGGACCUUUGCCUUUGCAAAUUCUCUGGUUCUGUUGCAAUCGAUAUCGAUAUCCUUUCCGAUACUCGAUUUUUAGUUCUCAAUGUCGCUGACCUUCUUGUUCAUCAUGCUUCUGUCUCCUUCACCAACCGGAACUCCUCCAAGGUUAUCCAGCCUUCAAGCAUUCAAGAGUGUAAAGUGAGCCAGAUUUUAGUUUUGGAGUUUGUAGAGACGCUACCAUUUGGGUUAGGAACAUUGCGGAUGGACUUCGAAGGAAUCUUGAAUGAUAAUAUGAAAGGAUUCUAUAGAAGCACUUAUGAGCACAACGGUGAGAAGAAAAACAUGGCUGUUACACAAUUUGAACCAGUUGAUGCUAGGCGUUGCUUCCCUUGCUGGGAUGAACCUGCUUUUAAGGCUACAUUCAAGAUCACGUUACAUGUACCAUCUGAACUGAUAGCACUUUCCAACAUGCCAAUUGUUGAAGAAAAAGUGAACGGCAAUUUGAAGACGGUUUCAUAUCUUGAAUCACCAAUUAUGUCCACGUAUUUGGUGGCCGUUGUUGUUGGUUUAUUUGAUUAUGUGGAAGAUCAUACAACUGAUGGGGUCAAAGUUCGUGUAUACUGUCAAGUUGGAAAGGCAAAUCAAGGAAAAUUUGCAUUACAUGUUGCUGUUAAAACCCUUGACCUAUACAAGGAAUAUUUUGAUGUGCCAUACUCUCUGCCAAAACUUGACAUGGUUGCAAUUCCUGACUUUCCUGGGGCCAUGGAAAACUAUGGGUUAGUUACCUAUGGUGAGACUGCUUUACUUUAUGAUGAUCAGCACUCAGCAGCUGCUAACAAACAGAUGGUGGCAAUUGUCGUGGCUCAUGAACUUGCACACCAAUGGUUUGGCAACCUUGUAACUAUGGAGUGGUGGACAGAUUUGUGGCUGAAUGAGGGAUUUGCAACAUGGGUGAGUUAUUUAGCAACUGAUAACUUGUUUCCUGAAUGGAAAGUAUGGAAUCAAUUUCUGGAAGAAUCAAACUAUGGUCUUACUUUGGAUGGGCUAGCUGAAUCACAUCCAAUUGAGGUACAUGUGUUACUGAAAGCCGGCAACCAUGACUCUUUCCUUUUCCAUGAUCACUUCGUUUUUUUUUUUUGGGUUGAGGUAAAUCAUGCCAGUGAGGUUGAUGAAAUAUUUGAUGCAAUUAGCUACGGAAAAGGUGCAUCUGUUAUUCGAAUGCUACAGAGCUAUCUCGGUGCGGACUGUUUUCAGAAAUCACUGGCUUCGUACAUAAAAAAGCACAGUUGCUCAAAUACAAAGACUGAAGACUUAUGGGCUGCUCUAGAGGAGGGAUCUGGUGAACCCGUGAACAACUUAAUGAGUUCCUGGACCAAGCAACAAGGAUAUCCAGUUGUCACGGUCAAAGUGAAAGAUGAGAAAUUGGUGUUUGACCAGUCAAGAUUAUUGUCGAGUGGCUCCUCUGGAGAGGGGCAAUGGAUUGUUCCUAUAACAUUGUGCUGUGGCUCCUAUGAUGUGCGGAAAAAUUUUCUGCUGCAAAAAAAGACAGAAUCUGUAGACAUCAAGGAGUUCCUUGGCUGCUCCAUCAGCAAAUGCUGUGGUGGAAAUGAUAAAUAUUGUGAUUGGAUAAAGCUUAAUGUAGAUCAGACUGGUUUUUACCGGGUGAAAUAUGAUGAAGAUCUUGCAGCUAAGCUUACAAAUGCAAUAGAGAAAAAGCAUUUGACUUCAACGGACAGAUUUGGUAUUUUGGAUGAUGCAUUUGCCCUUUCUAUGGCUUGCCAGCAAUCAGUUACCUCUUUGCUUACCUUGAUGGGUGCUUAUAGAGAAGAACUUGACUAUACUGUGUUAUCGAAUUUGAUCAGUAUAUGCUACAAACUUGAAAGAAUUGCAGCCGAUGCAGUUCCUGAGUUGCUGGACAACCUAAGACAAUUUUUCACCAACAUUUUCCAAUUUGCAGCAGAAAAACUUGGUUGGGACUCCAAACCAGGUGAAAGCCAUCUUGAUGCAAUGUUGAGAGGAGAAAUUUUGACUGCUCUUGCUCUGUUUGGUCAUGAACAAACAAUCGAAGAAGCGAAUAGGCGAUUCCUUGCAUUCUUUGAUGACAGAAGUACGCCACUACUCCCGCCUGAUAUUAGAAAGGCGGUGUAUGUGGCCGUAAUGCAGACAGUCAACGCUUCAAACAGAUCUGGUUACGAAUCACUUUUAAGAAUUUAUAGAGAGUCUGAUCUUAGCGAGGAGAAAAAACGCAUUCUGAGAUCCUUGGCAUCUUGUCCAGAUCAGAACAUCAUUCUUGAAUUUCUCAACUUUUUGUUAUCGUCUGAGGUUCGUAGCCAAGAUGCUGUUGUUGGACUCGGUGUUAAGUGGAAGGCACGUGAAACAGCUUGGACUUGGCUGAAGACAAAUUGGGAAGAAAUCUCAAAAAACUUUGAGUCUGGGUUUCUUAUUGGACGCUUUGUCAGUGCCACUGUCUCUCCGUUUGCCUCGUAUGAAAAAGCUAGGGAAGUUGAGGAGUUCUUCGCAAGCCGUGUUAAGCCAUCGAUGGCCCGAACAUUGAGGCAGAGCAUCGAGCGUGUUCACAUCAAUUCGAGAUGGGUUCAGAGCGUCCAGAAAGAUCAUGAUCUUCCUGAUGCUAUAAACGAGCUAGCAUGGAGGCGAUGCUAGAUUUUCUGAAUAUGAAGCAUCUUUGGAGAUAAGGCUACUGGAAAUAUUCCCUAUGGCCUAUUUGCAGAAUCACUUGUCGCCAAAAGGAGAAAAUGCAACUGUUACAAACCUUCCUUGACGGUCCUGAGCCACAUUUUCCUGUACAACCUACAAAUGAAAUCCUUUGCUUCAACUGUCAACUUAGCAUCUUCUGGAAACUACAAGUGAUUUUUCCAAUGAACAAUCUGUGCUGAUUGGACCAUCGGAGUAAAAUGGAGGGUAACCUUCAAGCAUUUCAUACAUAAUUGCACCAACGGACCACCUGAAGGAAAUUCGGUUAGACGGAAUAACGAAGACAUGCAUAAAACUACGAUUUACUUCUUGAUAAAAGACGUGCAUAAUGUUCAGUAUUAAGAGACAUGAUGUCAAUUACCAUACCAAUUUCCUCCGGCUCAUUUGCCAAUGGUGCACCUGUUCACUGGGACUCUUCCAACUGCUCCUAUUAUCAUCACUAUCCAUUGGUUCUGCCAAACUUUCAUCAUCCAUGGCUUUAUUUUCAUGUAGUGCUGAUAGGGUUAAAGAAUCCAGCGGCUUACAGAGACCAAAAUCAGAAAGUUUCAUGUGACCAUUUUUGUCCAGAAGAAGAUUGUCAGGUUUUAUAUCCUUGUGAUAAAUAGUGAAUUUAAACUGUUAGCACAACUUGAGUUCCAAAAUAAAAAUAGCCAUGAAUGUAUAAAUAUAAAUAGUCACAAAUCAUAGCUAACAGAAGCAUUGAAUCGAAGCAAAAUUAGAUAGUUUUAUGUAUGUUUGAAUUGAUGCAAAAUUCGAUAGUUUCAUGUCUAUCAAAUGUAAUUUGUUAUAAAUAUUUUAUUAAAUUUGUUAUUUUGACCA